UCGUUUUUGCGUUGCUAUCUGGGAGCGCUCAAUUGCAGGAGAAGGACCGUCAGUCCCCUCUCUGUGUUUGCUGUCAAUGGCUUUCUGGACUUAUUUUAUUUGAAUGUCUGGGCUUUUUCAACACCAAUAAUGGAUAUUCUAUGGAUAUUAUGGAGCAUACCGGCCGUGAUAGCUGUUGAAGAGAUGCUCAUGGAUUCCACUACAGCCACGGCGGAGCUUGGCUGGACGGUCUAUCCUGUGUCGGGGUCAAGUGACAAUAGUUGGGAGGAGGUGAGCGGCUACGAUGAACACAUGAACACCAUCAGGACGUACCAAGUCUGUAAUGUCUUCGAUAGCAAUCAGAACAACUGGGUACGGACAAAAUACAUCAGACGUCGUGGUGCACAGCGGAUCCAUGUGGAGAUGAAAUUCUCUGUUAGGGACUGCAGUAGCAUCCCGAAUGUCCCAGGCUCCUGUAAAGAAACGUUUAAUCUAUAUUACUAUGAAUCAGAUUCUGACACAGCCACCAGAACAUCCCCAGCAUGGAUGGAAAACCCCUGGAUCAAGGUUGACACCAUUGCGGCAGAUGAGAGCUUCUCCCAGGUGGACCUUGGAGGAAGAGUGAUGAAGAUUAAUACGGAGGUGCGAAGCUUUGGCCCUGUGUCGAAAAACGGCUUUUACUUGGCCUUUCAGGACUACGGCGGCUGCAUGUCACUCAUCGCAGUCCGGGUUUUCUACAGAAAGUGUCCUCGAAUCAUCACUAAUGGGGCACUGUUCCAGGAGACUCUGUCUGGAGCAGAGAGCACCUCACUGGUGGCUGCUAGGGGUGUUUGCAUCCCUAACGCAGAAGAGGUGGAUGUUCCCAUAAAGCUUUACUGCAAUGGUGAUGGAGAAUGGAUGGUACCCAUUGGGCGCUGUAUGUGCAAAGCCGGGAAUGAGGCUGUGGAAAAUGGAACCGUUUGUAGAGCUUGUCCAUCAGGAUUUUUCAAGCCUACUCAAGGCGAUGAGUCCUGUAUGCAGUGUCCCAUCAACAGCCGUACCACAAGUGAGGGGGCCAUCAACUGCAUUUGUCGCAAUGGAUACUAUCGUACUGACUCUGAUCCUCUGCAGAUGCCAUGCACAACUGUCCCCUCAGCUCCACAGACUGUGAUCUCAAGUGUGAAUGAAACCUCUGUGAUGCUGGAGUGGAUGCCACCUCGAGACUCUGGAGGUCGUGAGGAUGUAGUCUACAACAUCAUCUGCAAGAGCUGUGGCGGAGGCCGCGGAGGGUGCACUCGGUGUGGGGACAAUGUUCAGUUUUUACCCCGUCAGCUUGGCCUGACAAAAAGUCGGGUGUACAUUAGUGACCUGUUGGCCCACACGCAGUAUACGUUUGAGGUGCAGGCUGUCAACGGAGUGUCAGAUCAGAGCCCCUACUCUCCUCAGUACGCCUCAGUCAACAUUACCACUAACCAGGCUGCUCCAUCUACUGUGUCUAUAAUGCACCAGGUCAGCCGUACUGUGGACAGCAUCACCCUCUCCUGGUCUCAGCCAGAUCAGCCAAAUGGUGUCAUCUUGGACUAUGAACUACAGUAUUAUGAAAAGGAUCAAUCAGAAUAUAACUCUACCACCAUCAGAAGCCAGACCAACACUGCAGUCAUCCGUGGCCUCAAGUCUGGGAGCAUCUAUGUUUUCCAGGUCCGGGCCCGCACUGUAGCUGGGUUUGGACGCUACAGUGGCAAACUGUACUUCCAGACCAUGACGGAGGAGGAAUACAACACAAGCAUUCAGGAGAAACUUCCACUCAUCAUUGGCUCAGCAGCUGCUGGUUUGGUUUUCCUCAUUGCUCUGGUUGUCAUCAUCAUCGUUUGUAACCGGAGGCGUGGCUUUGACAGGGGUGAUUCAGAAUACACAGACAAACUGCAGCAUUACACCAGCGGCCACAUGUCUCCAGGAAUGAAGAUUUACAUUGAUCCAUUCACGUAUGAGGACCCAAAUGAGGCAGUGAGGGAGUUUGCCAAGGAGAUUGAUAUAUCCUGUGUGAAGAUUGAACAAGUCAUUGGUGCAGGGGAGUUUGGGGAAGUGUGCAGCGGCAACUUAAAGCUCCCGGGAAAAAGAGAGAUGUUUGUGGCCAUAAAGACCCUGAAGUCUGGCUAUACCGAAAAGCAACGGAGAGACUUCCUGAGCGAGGCCAGCAUCAUGGGUCAGUUUGACCAUCCUAACGUCAUUCAUCUUGAAGGAGUGGUCACCAAGAGCAGUCCUGUAAUGAUCAUCACUGAAUUCAUGGAGAAUGGAUCCCUUGAUACCUUCCUGAGACAAAACGAUGGGCAGUUCACUGUGAUCCAGCUUGUUGGUAUGCUACGUGGCAUUGCUUCGGGCAUGAAGUACCUUGCUGACAUGAAUUAUGUGCAUCGUGACCUCGCUGCUCGGAACAUCCUGGUCAACAGCAACCUUGUGUGCAAAGUGUCAGACUUCGGUCUCUCACGCUUCUUGGAGGACGAUACAUCAGAUCCUACGUACACAAGCGCUCUGGGAGGGAAGAUCCCUAUCCGAUGGACUGCUCCCGAAGCAAUCCAAUACAGGAAGUUCACCUCAGCUAGCGAUGUGUGGAGCUACGGGAUUGUCAUGUGGGAAGUAAUGUCUUAUGGAGAGAGACCUUACUGGGACAUGACCAAUCAAGAUGUCAUUAAUGCUAUAGAGCAGGACUACCGGCUGCCCCCGCCGAUGGACUGUCCCAACGCGCUGCACCAGCUCAUGUUGGACUGCUGGCAAAAGGACCGUAACAACCGUCCCAAGUUUAGCCAGAUUGUUAACAACCUCGACAAGAUGAUCCGUAAUCCGAACACACUGAAAGCUAUGACUCCUUUAUCUUCAGGGGUCCAUCUCCCUCUCCUGGACCGCAGCAUCCCAGACUUCUCCACCUUCAGCACUGUGGAUGAGUGGCUGGAUGCCAUCAAAAUGGGCCAGUACAAAGAAAACUUUGCCAAUUCUGACUUUUCUACAUUUGAUGUGGUGUCUCAGAUGACCAUGGAUGACAUCUUGAGGAUUGGUGUGACUUUAGCAGGCCAUCAAAAGAAGAUCCUGAAUAGCGUCCAGAUGAUGCGUGCACAGAUGAACCAGAUUCAGUCAGUGGAGGUUUGACCCUCCUGAGAGGAGGAGACGGGGGCAAAAGGUGUUGGGAGACAGGGCUCUGGACGUGGAGAAUGGAGUGGAUUUUCUUUUUUCCUGUGUGGCAUUGUGUCUGGUCUUCCCACCAGGCUGCUAUCAAGCCCCACGUUCCCCUCUCCUGUUCCCUCUCUCCUCCUCCUCUCCCUCCUUCCUGGCUCUCACUCCAUGCUUGGGAUAAGUUGUGGAGAGCUGUGAUGCUGCAAGUCAAAGUGCUGAAGAAUCCAGGAGGCCCACAGCCAAACCCACCAUUAGAGCCAGAAACACGGGAGGUUAGAAGUGACCAGCAAAUCAGUUUUCAAUCUUCCACCAGUUUUAUUUGUUUCAACAUUUAUUACCCCCCUUUUUUUGUUAAUUCUUCUAAUUUUGUAAAGAUUCUUUUUAAAGAAAAGAAAAAAAUACUGAUAUGGAAAGGAGUUUAUCUAAAUUUAUAGAUGAUAUGAGAUUGUACACUAGAGAACUGAGUAGGAAAGCUACCCUUUAAAAGGGCAACAAAAGAAACAAAGGAAGAGUUGAGGAAAGGAUCUUCAACAAAGUGUGGAAAUUGUCUUUUGUUUUAAAUUGUGGACCGCAUGUGGAAGCGCAGUGUUCUUCUCUGUGGCCUUUUGGAGGACAAAGGGGAACUUGACAUGCACGCCCAACUGGUACCACAGGUAAAUAAAAAAUGAAAAAAAAGAAAAGAAAUGCAAACCAUGAAAUGGACAACUUGUGGCAUAGACUGAUGUUAAAACCACAAUCAGUGAAAUGGACAAAUCUUGCAGUGAAAUCAGCUCAACAGAAAAUGGGAAAAACUUUUCUCUCACUGAGAGAAAUUUUUAAUGUUGAUAUUUUGUAUUGAAGAAUUCCUCUUACCAUGCUUCCUCUAACUAAAGACUAGUUUAUUUUUUUCACAGUGAAAUAUUCACAGUCUGCCAAAUAGAACUCUUCCCCUUCACACUCUAGUCAUGAUCCUGUGCUGUACAUAUCAGAUGCACUUGACCUGCCAUAACAUGAUGACUCAGAGAUAGUUAUUCUAGGCGAUUAGUUCAAGAGCUGAAGAAACGACUACAGGUACUACAGGGAGGAUUUAAGUAGUUGUUGCCUCUAGCUGCAUCGUUUAAGCUUGUGCAAAAACUAGCAAAACUGACUUCCAGCAGAGAUUCUUAGAAAAAGAUU